CCUGGCUUGACGUGCAUCGUUAGUCAUUUCAAUUAUCUAAUCAUUCAAUUUUCUUUAUUCAAACAAAAUGUAAAAAAGUCUUUUGCUUUGUUUUAUUUAAAAUAUUGGAAUUCAGUGUAUUUUUUUGUUUCAAAUGAGAAACAAAUAAAACCACCACGAUUUAGGUUAACUUUGACUAGCGUGGUAGGUAUAUUACAAACGCGUUACCAAAUUCAAUUGAGACCCUUUGGAGAUUAAAUGGAACAACAAGAAUAUAUUAUGUCGGAAGAUAUGAAUUUUCAAUCGUUUAAUGAUGUUAUUCCUGCUGAGGGUACAAUUAAAAGAGAGGAAUUAAAAGACGAGUAUGAUAUUUUUCUAUUUGCACAUCUGGAUAAUAUUACAAAUAAUCUUGAUUCGGGAUCCAACGAUUUACCAUUCACUCCUGAAAUGGAUAUGUCCCAACAGAUGCGUGACCAAGUUUCAGAACAACCUACUAUUGAAAAUGAAUCAAAUAAUGUUGAUGAUAAAGACUCGGAAGAACUAAAUAUUUCUUUGCUAAAAGACCAAGGUCCUGAUAUGAAUGGAAAUAGUACAUCCCAUUUUGUAAGGUACAAACUACAGAAUGGUAAACACGUGAAGAUGUGGGUAUGUGGAAUAUGCCAAAAAGUAUUUACUCAUCAAUACACUUUAAUGCGCCAUUUGCCGACUCAUACUGAUGAAAGAAAAUUUCAAUGCAUUACAUGUGGAAAAGCCUUCCGCCAGAUGUCGACCCUGUCCCAACACCGAGCAAUCCAUUCAACUGAAAGACCUUACAUUUGCGAAAUUUGCCAGAAAACCUUUAACCGUGUCUCCACCCUCAUAUCUCAUAGGAAAACCCACACUGGUCUUAAACCACAUAGAUGUCACUUAUGUACUAAAGCGUUUCAUCAAAAAGGAAACUUACGUAAUCAUAUUUUUACGCAUACUAAUGAAAGACCCUAUAAGUGUGAUAUUUGCGGGAAUGGCUUCAACCAGAUGUCGAAUCUCAUGUGUCAUAAACUUAAAGCACACCAAAAGACUGAAAAACCAAAAUACGUUUGUCACGUGUGCGGUAAAUCAUUUGCGAAACGCGUUGGUUUGCGGCAACAUGAACAGUAUACUCAUAAAAUGGUAAAUCCUUUAACUCCACCACCAGUUGCAUCACAACUUCCCGAAAAAAUGAGCUAUACAAACUCCAUAAUCGUUGAGCCGAUAAAAACUGAAGCCAUGAGACUUGCAGUAGAAUCAAAUCAAACUCCAUUUGCUCUUCUGCGUCCAGUAACCGGCAUACCGGUAUUGGUAAGGGUUUUGCCGGCCGGUGAUAAGCAGAUGCUGGUACCCGCCUCCGCCGAAGAUUUGAGAAAGCACAGCCACAUUUCUAUAAUGGCGAAAGGUGAAAAGGCUACUCCAUAUGGCAAGCAAACCGGGAGCACUGUUCAAAUUAAGAUACCGGUAGUUGCGACUGUUAUUCAACAGAACGACCAGGCUGGUCAAAUGUCAAUGUCGGUAGUCAGUCCUGGGCCAAAUGGGGAGCUUGAUGGUGAUCAAAUUGGUCUGAUGGGAUCCAAAGUUAAUAAUUUUGUCUACAGUUCUACGCUCACCCAUUGCAGCGCUUCUACAUCAUCUGCAGCUGAAACCUCGAACAAUGAAUUAAAUAUCGAAGACAUGCCGAUAUCUGGAGAUUUUACUCAAUCGGGGCUACUUCACGAUGUCGCUAUAGAAUUUUUAGACGAGCAUGGACGAAGAGUGCAAGAAAAUGAAUUUCAAAAUCAGUUAGGAGUUGGUAUGAACAAUGGUAUAAUUUACCAAACAAAAGAUGGCGAUGCUGUAGUCACUGCUACCGUCAGCACAGUCCCUGCUAGUCUCUCUUCAGAAGAUGUCAACGGGACUUUUACUAAUAACGCGUUGAGUCUUCCUCUUCUUUGAUAGUUUUAUAAUAUUUAUGUUCGUAGAAAUUAUUGAUUUAUCCAGUAUUUUAACGUAUUUAAAUGCUUCAAAAUGUAGGUGAAUUUUAAUAAGUUAUUCUUGUUCAUUUUAAAUUUACUAAGUAUUUUUGUUUGAAAAGAUAUUAUCCGUAAGUUCUAGUGAAAAAUAUUUAAUAUUUUUGGUUUAUAUUUUUGAAUAAAUUAAUACUACGAAAAUUGUAACUAUUCUGAAUUUGGAACGAGUCUGUUGAAAAUAAAAGGAAAAUGUUACUAAUAUAUUUUAUUUUGUAAUAUCGACAGUUAAAUUGCUCUUAUUUUAACGUAUUCUACUUGGAGGAGACCCCCGCUGUUCCAACUAGGCAACCAUUUGUCUUUAGCUUCCAGGAACUUGUACAUCUGUUGUGUUUCUCUGUUUCUCCAAGGCUUUGGGUACCCUGCUUGAUAAUUAUCAGGAAAAUCUGUAAUUCCACCAACUCCCACGCCCAAUGCUAAAUGGACCUGUAAUAUUUAAUAACACAAUUUCAAUUUAUAACAAGAUAAUCUGUAGUGUUUACUUUGACUGUAGCAAAGCGUAUUGGAAAGCGUUCAACCAACAUUCUAUAUGCAUUCAACCUCGUGAGUGUGAGCGGGACAGUCAAAACAGAAAUAAAUAUAUACCAAGUAUUGUUCGGACCCGUAUGCGCGAAAAUUAGUGUUUUAAGUGUUUUAUGCUUUAAAUGCCCGA